CGAAAGGAGGAGGAGGAGGAGGAGAGAAGAAGAAUAAGACGAGAGGAGGAGUAGGAGGAGGAGGAGGACCUGCCGGUAGUGUAUGGGGCCGACGAAAAAAAAAAAAAAGAGGAUGAUGGAGGAGGGCGAGGAGGAGGAGGAGGAGGAGAGAAGGGGAAGACGAAAGUGGGUGGUGGAGGAGGAGAGGAGAAGAAGAGGAGAGGAGGAGGAGGAGGACGAGGAUGAGAGGACAAGAGGAAAGGAGGAGGAGGAGAAGGAGAGAAAAAUAAGAAGUUGAGAGGGAGGAGGAGGAGGAGGAGGAGGAGGAGGACCUGGCGCGGAAAAAAAAAAAAAAAAAAGACGAGGAGGAAGAGAAGAAGGAGAGAAGGAGAAGACAAAAGUAGGUGGAGGAGGAGGAGGAGGACAAUAAAGAAAACCAAUGAAAUCGGGACGAGGAGGAGGAGGAGGAGGAGGAGAGAAGGAGACGAAAGGAGGAGGAGAAGAAAGCAGGAAGAGGAGAGAAGAAAACAAAAGGAGGAGGAGGAGGAGGAGGAGGAGGAGAAGAAAGGAGGAGGAGGAGGAGGAGGAGAGAAGAAGAAGACAGGAGGACGAGGAGGAGAAGAAAGGAGGAAGAGGAGAGAAGACGAAAGAAGGAGGAGGAGGUGGAGGACGAGGAGGAGAGAAGAAGACGAAAGGAGGAGGAGGAGGAGGAGGAGAGAAGAAGACGAAAGGAGGAGGAGGAGGAGGAGGAGGAGAAAAAAAGGUGAAAGGAGGAGGAGGAGGAGGAGGAGGAGGAGAGGAGAAGAUGAAUAGGAAAGGAGGAGGAGGAGGAGACGAAGAAGAAGAAGAAGAAGAAGAAGGAAAGAGGUGGAGGAGGCUUCACCACAAUGGGGACAGCAGCUUCACUGGCAGCGACGACGGGGAGGGCUUCUCAACGGGGAGCAAUGAUGAGCAGCUCGACGAGGAGGAGCAGCGACGACGGGCGGGCUUCGUGACGGCAGUGAUGACGGGAGGCUUCGUAAUGGCAGCAACGACGGGCUUCGCAACGGGGAAUACCACGUUCGAAUUCGAACGCGGCGUCGUAGCCCGCCAGAAGAAGACCUUCCCCCGCCCCCUAAAACUAGUUGUAGAUUAAAAAAAAAAAAAAAAAUUGUGUUGCUGGAGGCCGGGGAGGCGACCACUAGCCGAAAAUGGCCUCCUCUCCCCCCCCCCCAUUGCACCGGGCUCGCCCAACCCUAAACCGGGGGACCCAACCGGCCGGGUCGCCCGGGACCCUUGCCGGACGAUGGCCAGGCCACCGGACGGCCGGGUUUUUAACGCAGGUUUAAACCCUUUUAAACUCUUUCAAACCGUAGACCCUCCCUGAACCUGUGCACUCGCCACACUCAAUCCCCCAAGCCUAGCGUCAUGCACUGAGAUGCAAUCCUAAUCAAUGCAAUGCAGCAUG